AUGGGGAAGCGGUGGCUGUCUUUUUCACUCCUGUUUAUUGGAGUAUUUUCUCUGUACUGCGCCACCGCUGAUAACGGUGGCGUUAAAAAAUUAAAGAUGCAGUUUGCGACAGGACCUCUUCUGAAAUUUCAGAUCUGCAUUUCCUGAGGGUACCGGCGGGUGUUUGAGGAGUACAUGCAGGUCCUGAACCAGCGUUACCCAGACAUCCGCAUCGAAGGGGAGAACUACCUGCCCCAGCCAAUUUAUCGCCAUAUCGCUUCCUUCCUGUCCGUGUUCAAACUGGCCGUGAUCGGGCUCAUCAUACUAGGCAAAGACCCGUUUGCUUUCUUCGGCAUGCAGACUCCCGGCCUGUGGCUCUGGGGACAAGAGAACAAGAUCUAUGCUUGUAUGAUGGUGUUCUUCCUCAGUAAUAUGAUUGAGAACCAGUGCAUGUCGACGGGCGCCUUUGAAAUCACACUGAAUGAUGUGCCGGUGUGGUCCAAGCUGGAGUCGGGUCACCUGCCCUCCAUGCAGCAGCUGGUCCAGAUCCUGGAGAACGAGAUGAAGCUCAACGUGCACAUGGACUCCCUUCCACACCAACGCUCCUAACACCCGUGCCCGCGUCUGGGAGCCUGUGACCCCCCAGCCCGUUUAAGGCGGGUGUGUCCACGGGCCGUGAGGCGAUGCCCAUGAAGGCCUGCACCAAAAACAGGUCCCCUGCAGGUGCAGGCCGGAUGUCCCAGUCGAUCCUCACCGAGCCCCGGGAGACGCCCUCCUGCCACGGGGGCGGGUCCACGCCGCCAGGCCGGCCUUCUCGACUACUGCUGCCCGUCUCGGUGCAAUAACCGUGUAUAGUUUUCACUUUUUAUCCGGUAAAUUCAGCCCUACCACAGCCCGGUGUCACUGCUGGCUGUGUUUUUAUAUUUAGCGUUAAGAAGGAUACGAAAAAGAAAUGCAGUCCGAAGGAACCAGAUCAUACGGAUUUUAUUUGAAUUGCCAUUUAAUUUCUGAGCCGUUGUAAUUUUUUUAAUAUAUUUCUUUUUAUAGCAGGAAGUUGAACUGACAGAGUAAUAAAAAGGAUUAUGACUAA